AGGUUGUUUGACAACAGGUUAAGUUUGACUGCGCGCAAGGAGCACGCAUUGAAAACGAAUGCUUCUGAUGAAAUAGAUUCGUUCGGCAUCAGCGUCAUGGCAUGUCCUUUCAUGGCUGCACAGCAACCCGAUAACAACUGUGACAACGAUCUACAAGGGAACCAGGAAAUGCACUACCGAACCUAUCUCGGGCUCGACAACUUACUGAGUCUCAAUAAGCCUGUUACUGAGAAGCUAGGUAACCUGUGCCACGAUGAGCACCUGUUCAUUACGGUGCAUCAAGUGUUCGAGCUGUGGUUCAAGCAGAUACUGAAGGAGCUGGGAAGCGUGAUGGAGCUGCUGAAGGAUCAUCUUUCCCUACCUUUGGCUGUCAGGAGGCUAGAGAGAGCAACUCAGAUACUCGAGCACACGACGACGCAGUUCCCGCUGCUGGAGUCCAUGACGCCUCUGGACUUCAAGGAGUUCCGUGACCAUCUCGCCCCUGCCAGCGGCUUCCAGUCACACCAGUUCCGCUACAUCGAGAACAUCGUUGGCGUCAGGCCUAAAGACCGCAUCCCGUUUAACAGGACGGACUACCGCUUUUAUUUACGCGGCAAUGACGACAUUUUAGAAAAGUUAGACUCCACCGAAUCGGAGCCUACCUUGCUGCUGGCCGUCAACAGCUGGCUUGAGGAAAUCUACGACCGCGAUAACAGUGGCGAGAGAUUCUGGCUCACGUACCAGCAAGCACUGAAAAACUUCAUCGAUAACAAGCCGGGCGAGGCUCAAAAGGCUGCCGCUGCCGGCCAGUUCGAAUCCCUCCUUCAGGAGACCGCCUACGCAGAGUGUCUGGAGCGUGGGGAGCGGCGGCUCUCGUACAAGGCAUUCAAGGGCGCGUUGCUGGUGACGAUGCUAUGUGAUGAGGCUGAUUACUGUGAACCUUACCGCUUCGUGAAGCUCCUCGUCAAGUUCGACAUUACCCUCACCAAGUGGCGAUUCCAGCAUCUAAUGAUGGUGCAGCAGCAGAUUGGCCCCACCGCGAAAGGUUUGGGAGGCGGGGCAGUGGUGCCAUACCUAAAAGCUACGCUCUCGGACUCGUAUAAGGCGUUCCUCGACUUGUCACGCGUGACGUCACUGCUCUUGCCUCGCUCUCUGCUGAAGGAGGCUGCGACCCUCGUACAAGAGCAGUCGGUCCUCGAGGUGGUAGAAGGUAGCCGCGAGAUAACUGCGGAGGAUCACAACAAUUGACGAAAACCCAUUCAUGACAGAAUAUACAAGCGCUGAAAGUAAUGCGGACUUCAUCUACUUGGUUCUAGUUUAUAUAACAAUAAAUUUCUUUCAUUCCAUUUUCUAUAUUAAUAUUAUAAUUGAUGAUGAUUUUGGAAAAUAAACAGUUUUUGAGCAAAUCGCAAGAUGUUACUGUCUUCACAAUAACAGCCCAGUGGUUAAAGUUCAGAGUAUCGAGAUUGACGCAGAG